AUCGGCUCCUCUGCUCCAUCAAACAAGCAUAGCCAUUUUUCUCAAAGUCUCUCUCUUUCUCUCUCUUCACAAGUUGAUUUCUCUCUCUACAAAUAUUAAUUAUUUGUGUAGCCUACAUAUAUAUGAGAGAAAGUUCUCGGAGAGAAAUUAUACUAGUACGAUGCAGCACAGUCCAGUGUACAGCCCUGCAGUGGUUCAUCACCAGCACCACUCCGACGCAUCUCGACCGUCCCUUGGUUUUCCUCUCGGAACUGCUUUGUUAUUGCUCGUCAUCUUUAGUUUAAGUGGUAUUUUCUCCUGCUGUUAUCAUUGGGAUAAGUUUCGAUCUCUUCGUCAAUCUUAUGUUGAUGAUCUUGAUCUCGAGGCUGCUAAUCACGACACUGCUAAACCCAAUAACCCUAAUUUCUUCAAACAACAACAAAACGAAAGCUUACCGGUGAUAAUGCCAGGUGACAACAUAGCAAAGUUCAUAGCGUUACCAUGCCCAUGUGAACCACCUCGUCUAGAGAAACAAGCUCCAAUUCCAACUCCUAACAAACCUCCUAAGCCGCCACGUUUCCCUGUUCCUUUGUACUAAAUCUAUUAUUAAUCACUAGUUUAAUUUUUUAAUUACACAAAACUAUUUGACAAAUUGGGUCACAAAAUCUGUUAUAAUCUUCUAGCAAUACUAGUUAGUACGUACUUUGUAUAUAGUGUUUAGACAUUACUCAUAUAUUAUUACACCAAUUUUUGAUGUAUUUUUUUCUC